CGAUGUCCAUCUCUCUGUUGUUGCCUCUGUGGGUGGCCAUGUCCUUCUCCUUGACUCGUCCCACAUUGGGGUUCUCCCGUGGCGCUAGCCCCGCCUCCUGCUUGGAAAUGAGUCCCGGUCACAUCCGCGCUCAGCCCCAGGAUCGUCAUCACAGCCACAUCACGCUGUAUACAUCUGCCUCCAUGUACCUGCCAGGGGACACAGUGACAGUGACGGCACGGAGUACCCGAGACUUCAUGGGGUUCCUUCUACAGGCUUAUAGUGUCGGGGACGGGGGCAGGGUGGCGGGCACAUGGACUGUAACCCCUCCCGAACACACACCCAGCGUUGCCUCGGCGAUAGACUCCCUCACGCACUCUGACAAACAGCUGAAGAGAAAUCUGUCAUUUGUCUGGAGGGCCCCAGAUACAUCUCUAGGAGAUAUACGUUUCUACAUCACGGUGGUCCAGUCAUAUUUUGUGUACUGGGCACGGAUCGAGUCUGCAGUGCUGCAUGAUAGUAGUGGUGGUUUCCCGGGCUGGGGGAAUGCCACUGUGGUGGAUAGAGGAAGCUCCCUCUCAGAACUACAGGAAGAGGUCACCACACUCACCAACUCUGCUGCCACAACCAUAACCCCUGACCUGUCCCCCAGCCCUGAACCUCUCUCCCUGUCACUGGGUGACGAGACGGAUAGAGGGAGGAAGGAUGAAGAGAUGCAGGUUGGAGGGAUGACAGAGGAGGGGAUGACAGAUAAAGAGAUGACAAUUGGAGGGAUGGAAGGUACAUGGCUGAAGCUUCCAGAAACGACCCUGGGCCUGACAUCCAGCCCCCAGACCCAGUACCUACCUAACCCAGAGUCUCUGACCAGCCCCCAGACCCAGUACCUACCUAACCCAGAAUCUCUGACCAGCCCCCAGACCCAGUACCUACCUAAACCAGAGCCUCUGACCCAGCCUCUAACCAACCCUCAGCCCAGUACAGAACCUCUGACCCAGCCUAUAACCAACCUUCAGCCCAGUACAGAACCUCUGACCCAGCCUCUAACCAACCCUCAGCCCAGUACGGAACCUCUGACCCAGCCUCUAACCAAUCCUCAGCCCAGCACUGAUCCUCUGACCCAGCCUCUAACCAACCCUCAGCCCAGUACAGAACCUCUGACCCAGCCUCUAACCAACUCUCAGCCCAGUACAGAACCUCUGACCCAGCCUCUAACCAACCCUCAGCCCAGUACAGAACCUCUGGCCCAGCCUCUAACCAACCCUCAGCCCAGUACUGAAACUCUGACCCAGCCUCUAACCAACUCUCAGCCCAGUACAGAACCUCUGACCCAGCUUCUAACCGCCCACCCCACGUCAAGUCCCCAGCGUAAAGGAGGUUCAAUCUCCCAAAACCGCUCAAUAGGUCCCCACCCCAACACCAACCCCAACACCAAGACCCGACCUGGAGCUCCAGGAGAUGGGAAGAUCCCAGACAUCGUGGCCAGCCAGAAUGCCUGGGAGCUGGGUAUUCUUCGGCUGUGCAUCCGGCUGGGAAUGAUUCUAGCUAUAGGCUUCAGAUACCUGUAUAGUCAGUACUGUAACAAACGCACCGGGGUGACCCUCAAUGACCGCGAACGUGACUACGACCGCAACAGCAACCAUGGGGGGUUGAUCCACAUUCAGGACUGUACUGAUCUGGUGAGAAUCAGGAGAAUCAGGGAGAACAGCUUUGUACUGCUGGCAGAGUAUAACCUACUGACGCCAACUGGGAACUGACACAGACAGAGAGAGGGACACAGACUGAUUACUGACAUCACCUGGGAACUGAGACAGACUGACACAGACAGAGAGAGACAGACAGACAGACAGACAGACAGACAGACAGACAGACAGACAGACAGACAGACAGACAGACAGACAGACAGACAGACAGACAGACAGACAGACAGACAGACAGACAGACAGACAGACAGACAGACAGACAGACAGACAGACAGACAGACAGACAGAACACUGACACCACCAGGAACUUACUAGGGGAGAGAGACUAGUUUAACACUUAUUUUACCAGGAGAGAGAGAGAGACUAGUUUACCAUUUAUUUUACCAGGAGAGAGAGAGAGACUAGUUUACCAUUUAUUUUACCAGGAGAGAGAAAGAGACCAGUUUAACACUUAUUUUACCAGGAGAGAGAGACUAGUUUACCAUUUAUUUUACCAGGAGAGAGAGAGACUAGUUUAACACUUAUUUUACCAGGGGAGAGAGAGAGACUAGUUUACCAUUUAUUUUACCAGGAUAGAGAGAGAGACCAGUUUACCAUUUAUUUUACCAGGAGAGAGAGAGACUAGUUUAACACUUAUUUUACCAGGAGAGAGAGAGACCAGUUUAACACUUAUUUUACCAGGAGAGAGAGAGAGACUAGUUUACUAUUUAUUUUACCAGGAGAGAGAGAGACCAGUUUAACAUUUAUUUUACCAGGAGAGAGAGA